CGAUCAAGGGGCACACAGGUCGGCGGCUUAUUAAAAAUAAUGGCAGUAAUGUUAAGUAUUAUGGCGUCUGUCCUUGAUCGGAAACUACAAUGUAAUUGGAAACAAACGGCAAAUUAUGAAUAGACUCCUACCAAAUCAAUGACCCUUUCUUUCUAGACCCUCUUUCAUUUUGGAGAUAUUUGGGCGCGCAGGAGAAAGGCCGGGUCCGGCGAUGGCGCUCCAGCCCGUUCCGUCGCGCCUGCUGGCGGCCGCGCUGUUGGCCGUCACCCUGGCAGUUUUACCGGUGAGCGGAAAUGAGGAGACGGAGCUCCUUAGGGACCUGAUGACUGGCUACAACAAGAACAUCCGGCCGGCCAGGCACGCCGACGACAAGGUGGAGGUGCAGGUGAAGCUCACCCUCACCAACCUCAUCUCGCUGAAUGAAAAGGAAGAAACUCUCACCACAAAUGUCUGGAUUGAAAUUCAAUGGAACGAUUACCGUCUGGCCUGGAACACCUCUGCCUACUAUGGUAUCGACGUGCUCCGCGUUCCCUCCAGCAUGGUCUGGCUGCCUGACAUCGUCCUGGAGAACAACAUCGAUGGCAAGUUCGAUGUGGCCUACUACGCCAACGUGCUGAUCUACCCCGACGGCUCCAUGUAUUGGCUGCCUCCUGCCAUCUUCCGCAGCACCUGCUCCAUCGAGAUCACCUACUUCCCCUUCGACUGGCAGAAUUGCACCUUGGUCUUCAGGUCCCAGACCUACAGCGCCAAGGAGUUGGACCUCAUUUUAGCCAUAGACCUGGAGACUGAGAAACCCAUUGAGUGGGUGGUCAUCGACCCAGAGGCAUUCACUGAGAAUGGAGAGUGGGCCAUCAGGCACCGGCCGGCCAGGAAGUUGGUUAACCCCCGGUACACGCCCGACGACCUGGAGUACCAGGAGGUGUACUUCAACCUGAUCAUCCAGAGGAAGCCGCUCUUCUACAUCAUCAACAUCAUCCUUCCCUGUUCCCUUAUCUCCGCGCUGGUAGUGCUGCCCUACUUCCUGCCCGCGCAGGCGGGUGGACAGAAGCUGACUGUCUCCAUCUCCGUCCUUUUGGCUCAGACUGUCUUCCUGAUCCUUGUUUCCCAGAAGAUUCCAGAAACCUCUCUUUCAGUACCUCUCAUCGGGAAGUACGUCAUCUUCGUCAUGUCCGUCACCACCCUCAUCGUCAUGAACUGCAUCAUCGUGCUGAACUACUCUCUCCGCAGUCCCAGCACCCACAACAUGUCACACUGCAUCAAACACCUGUUUCUGGAGUGCGUCCCUCGUUUCCUGGGAAUGUCGUCGCUGGUGGACGACGGCCAGGAGGAGGCGCUGCCGCAACGCCGACGCAGCUCGUUUGGCCUCAUGCAGCGGGCAGAAGAGUACGUGCUGAAGCAGUCCCGCAGCGAGAUGAUAUUCAACAGCCAGAGGGAGCGUCACGGCCUCACAAACACCUUUGUGGACGGGAUUGAUGUAAGCACGACAGCCAGCUUGUACAAGAGUCUAGCGCAAGCUGCCCCAGAGAUCAAGGAGUGCGUGGACGCCUGCAACUUCAUCGCGCAGAGCACCAGGGAGCAGAACGACACCGGAUCCGAGACGGAGAGCUGGGUGCUGAUUGGCCAGAUGAUGGACAAAGUGUGCUUCUGGGCAGCCCUCCUGCUGUUCUCCAUUGGGACAGUGGCCAUCUUCCUGAUGGGACACUUCAACCAGGUUCCUGAGUUCCCCUUCCCAGGGGAGAACAAGCCAUAUGCCCCACCAUAGAGAGUGGCACCUCACGGCGCCCUCUAGUGGCCCGGCGCAAAUAACCUCUGCAGCUGGUGCCACACCUCAAUCUUACAAUCUAAAUAUCUUUUCCACGUCUUCCUAGAUAAUCUCGAGAACAAUGUUAAUUAUAAUUAUAUUGUUAUUGAUGCAUAGUAUUUUAUUAUUAUCUUACCUAUUUAUAUAGUUCAGGAUAAUCCACCCAUCCAUCCAUUUUCCAAACCGCUUAUCCUACUGGGUCGCGGGGGGUCCGGAGCCUAUGCAAUGGGCAUGAGGCAGGGAACAACCCAGGAUGGGGGGCCAGCCCAUCGCAGGGCUCACUCACACACCAUUCACCCACACAUGCACACCUAUGGGCAAUUUAGCAACUCCAAUUAGCCUCAGCAUGUUUUUGGACUGUGGGGGGAAACCGGAGUACCUGGAGGAAACCCCACGAUGACAUGGGGAGAACAUGCAAACUCCACACACAUGUAACCCAGGCUGAGAAUCCAACCUGGGUCCCAGAGGUGUGAGGCAACAGUGCUAACCACUGCACCACCAUGCUGCCCCUAUUCAGGAUAAUUACCUUCCUAAAUGUUCAUAUCAUGUCAGGCAAAAGAAUUAUUGUGUACAUUUUUAAUAAUAAUGCUUAAAUCUUUGACUUACGAAUGUUUGUGUACAGAGUUCAGACUGUCCAUGUGCACGGCCUUGUAUAAAUGUUAAAUGAAAUCAAACAAUUGUACAAAAUUAAGUUUCACAAAAUUUGACUUUGUGUCAUAAGGAUGUCUUUCCUGUGUUUGUUCACAGUUAAGCCAAAUUUCACAUAUUGACAUCAAAACAUUCAUUUUCUUAGCCUGACCUAAUUACGGCUCGCAAACAGUAUUAAAAUGAAACGGAUGUAAAUUUUUUGAAAAUGUUGAUUUAGUUGCUUUGAAGUGAUUAUGGACAAAUUUGCAAUGGGAUCAAAUUCCUUAGUGGAAGACACUACUACUAUACAGCUCUUAAGCUUUAAAAAUUCAAACAGAAGUUGGCGCAAAUUGACCUUGACGCAAUACUACCACCAGAUGCCACUGUUUCUCCAUUUUAUUGGCCACUAAUUUUCGAUAAUGUUCACGUCUUGCUUUCAAAUCAAAUUCAGAACAAUUUAAUCCAAUAAAUAUCUCACGACUCGCA